AUGAUGGACUUGAGAGCGCUAGGCAGUGUCGACGGUAUGCUGGAAAGCAUAAGUGUCGUGCAGUUGGCGGAAGCCUUGCUUGAUAAAUUACAGAAACAAGCGGCAUCAUUGAGCAUGGACCUGAUCGUGGAGCUGACAAAGAUUGUCACGCACUCUCUUACAGUGAUUCGCGGAGCUCAUAAUUCUCUCGCUUCCGUUAACAAGCUGCCUCUCGAUGUCUUCAGCAUCAUCCUGCAGCUCGUUUCAAAUCCAUUGUACUCGCUAGCCGACUACAGAACUUGGGAUGUCUACGAGCUCCCUCCCUGGCUAUCUCCAUACGUGGAACCAUAUUCCAUCAUCGACCUGACACACGUGUGCCGUCACUGGCGUAAUGUCGCGUUGGACCUUCCUUCACUAUGGGCUAACGUUGCCGAUUCUUCAUGCGACAAGCCAGUUCUUCGCACCCUAAUAGAUCGUUCACGAAUGGCACUUUUAAAUGUCUUCAUGGAAAAUUACCCUCUUCCAUUUGUCACUAGACUUAUGACUUCUGAUGGGCACCGUGUGCGGAGCGUUUGGUGGGAAGGACACUGCAAUGAGCAUGCCCUGCAAUUGUUCAAUUUUCCUGCUCCCGCUAUAGAGUCGCUCGUACUCAUGGAGUUCGGGAAGCUCAAGGACACGCCUAUUGUUCCUGUCUUAUUAUUCCACGGGAAUGCACCUCGAAUACGGCAAUUGUUCCUACAGCGCCUCUCAUGGCUACCCAGCAAUGAAUUCUCAUCCCUCACUCAACUCCACCUCGCCUCGUACAGUGGCCCAGGUCUUUCUUCCGCGGUAUUAACUCUACUCGGUCGAACUCCCAACUUGAGGGAUCUCAUCCUAUCCCACCUUCGCGACUUAUCGGUGCAACCCGAAUCCCGAGUAAUACCCUUGAUGCAUUUACGCACAUUCUUAUAUCGGGAAAACUCAGUGGGUGUCGCUCCAAUAUUUCAACACCUCACUCUCGGGGUCGAGACGGCGUUGAAGAUCUACUACCUACAGCCAUCGGAAGUUGCUGUUCCUUGCGGACUUUCACCCUUGCCUGUGGCGCAGAGCAUCACCAAAAUUGCUAUCCUCCAGUGGACGAACAGCCAGUGGAUGGACAUGUCGUCCGUACUGGCAGUGGGCCCGCAGUCCGGUGUAGACAUAGGCAUGUUCGAACCACAGUCACAACAGAUGGUUGACGCCAUGUUCGAGCUGGUCCGCGAUGAGCUGCCCUGCGUUCAAGUUCGAGAACUUUGGAUCAUGGAGAUCCGAUGUGCGUUGUCGAGCCGGCAUGCCGAUCUCGCAACGAUGCUGCGAUGCAUGCCCAACUUGGAGAAGAUGGUGGUUCUGGAGGAGAACCUCACCCAGAUAGUCCAUGCUCUCCUAUGGUCUAACCAACUACCCGACCCAUCUUCUCCGCGCAAGCCCAUGACGCUGCACAUCAUCAUUCAUCGUGUUGACGAUGACCUGGAAACGUUCAUGUUCCAUAUACCGCAACUCAUAGGGCUUGGUAUCACCCAUCUCACCAUUGGCUUGCUUCGGGGCCGCACCUGCCUUCGGCUCAAGCAUCGGCCAGGCUUAUUUGAAGAGUUUGGAUUUCAGUCGGUGGUGUAUGUGCACCAUCAGGAGUUACCAAUCAUGGACAUGCCGACAGCGUGCACGACCAGUCAACAUCUCCACUGGCUGUCGUGGGAGAAGAUUUGGAGAGACCUGGACUCGGAAUUAUAA